AUGAGCCGCUAUGACAGCCGCUCCGGCGACCCCACUUCGUACCGUGACCGGAAAAGUGAUUCGGGGUUUGGUGUGACCGGCUAUGGUGGCUCAGCACGGUCUUCGUCAAGCAAGAAGGAUUAUGAUGGUGCUGAGUCACCGAAGAAAUUUGAUUUGGAUGGAUUGACACCUUUCGAGAAGAAUUUCUAUGUUGAGUCACCUGAAGUGGAAAGAAUGUCGGAGAAGGAGGUUGAGGAGUAUAGGCAACGGAGGGAAAUUACUAUUGAAGGCCGUGAUGUUCCAAAGCCGAUCAAGAGUUUCCGUGACACUGGGUUUCCGGAAUACGUUUUGGAAGAAGUUACAAAGGCUGGAUUUGUUGAACCUACACCAAUUCAAGCUCAAGGAUGGCCAAUGGCUUUGAAGGGUCGUGAUCUCAUUGGUAUUGCUGAAACAGGAUCAGGGAAGACGCUAGCCUACCUGUUGCCUGCAAUUGUCCAUGUCAAUGCCCAGCCAAUUCUAUCUCCUGGAGAUGGCCCAAUAGUAUUAGUUUUAGCUCCAACCCGUGAGCUCGCUGUUCAAAUCCAACAAGAGGCUACUAAAUUCGGCUCGUCUUCAAAAAUUAAAAGCACAUGCAUAUAUGGCGGGGUUCCAAAGGGACCUCAAGUUCGUGAUCUGCAGAGAGGAGUUGAGAUUGUAAUUGCUACACCUGGGAGGUUGAUUGAUAUGAUAGAGUCACAUCAUACCAACUUGCGAAGGGUCACAUACCUUGUGUUGGAUGAGGCCGAUCGGAUGCUAGACAUGGGGUUUGACCCGCAGAUACGGAAAAUUGUUUCUCAGAUUCGCCCAGACCGUCAAACAUUAUACUGGAGUGCUACCUGGCCAAAGGAGGUUGAACAACUGGCGAGGCAGUUCCUUUACAACCCAUACAAAGUGAUAAUAGGUUCUCCAGAUUUGAAAGCUAACCAUGCGAUCCGCCAAAUUGUUGACAUCAUUACGGAAAAUCAGAAAUAUAACAAACUGGUAAAGUUGCUUGAGGAUAUCAUGGAUGGCAGCAGAAUACUGAUAUUCAUGGAUACUAAGAAAGGAUGUGAUCAGAUCACUCGGCAGCUCCGCAUGGAUGGUUGGCCUGCUCUCUCAAUUCAUGGAGACAAAAGUCAAGCAGAAAGGGAUUGGGUCCUCUCUGAGUUUAAAGCCGGCAAGAGCCCCAUAAUGACUGCAACAGAUGUUGCUGCUCGUGGUCUAGAUGUGAAGGAUGUGAAAUUUGUUAUUAACUAUGAUUUCCCUGGAUCCCUUGAGGAUUAUGUUCACCGCAUUGGCCGAACUGGAAGAGCUGGGGCAAAAGGAACAGCAUACACGUUUUUCACAGCUGCUAAUGCUAGGUUUGCAAAGGAACUUAUUGCCUUGCUCGAGGAAGCUGGACAGAAGGUCAGUCCUGAAUUGGCAGCAAUGGGCCGCGGUGCACCUCCUCCCCCUUCAGGUCAUGGCGGUUUUCGAGAUCGCGGUCGGGGUUACGGUGGAGGUCGUCCGUGGAACUGA